AUGGGCUCCAAACCUCUCAACUCCAACGCCCAGCCAUUUUUUGCAAGCCGUUUCCACAACUUCCAGACCUAUGUGUGCUACAACUACCCAAUCUAUGCUGAUCAUCAUCUGCAUCCAAAUCUUUUUCAUCAUCAAUUAAACCCAACCGCAGUGGUGGAGUUUCCUAGAGUUCCGAUGAGACGACUUCGAAAAAGGAACGGUCGAAAAAGGAACAUUGGUGCUUUGAGUCGUGGUGCUACUGGGGAGGGAGGUGUAAUUCCAUUUCCUUCAGGUCCGGAUCAGCAGCAAAAUGGGUCGUCAGCUACUACAACUAUCAUGAUAAAGAAUAUCCCAAACCAGUUCAGGAGGAGUGAUCUACUGGGUAUAUUGAUGGAGCAUUGCUUGGUAGAAAACCUAGAUGCUGUGGUGCGGUCUGAUCCUAACAAGUCCGAGUUUGAUUUUGUGUAUUUGCCCAUGGAUUUCAACAAAAAUAGGGGUAGCAAUUUGGGCUACGCAUUUGUAAACUUCACCGGUGCAAUUGGGGCACAAAGAUUCUACCAGCGUUACCACAAUUUCGAGUGGGAUGUUGAACAGAACAAAAAAACAUGUGCAAUUACCUGCGCUAAAAUUCAGGGAAAGAAAGCACUAAUCGGGAAUUUUAGGCACAAAGUAUUCCGGUGCGAAUUUGACGAGUACUUGCCUGUGGUUGUCGCACCUCCAUGCGAUGGUGUGUCGCCUCCGAAGCUCACACUUCUUGGAAAGCUUCGGGGUGCACCCAAGUACCCCACCAGGGCACCAGUAGAUUAA